ACCCAGGACCGCGUGACUCUGUGCUUCCCCUGGCUCUCCUUCCUAGAGGCCACAUGCCUAGAGAGCUUUGGUGUUGGUGGGAGGGUGAAACAGCAGCCUGCUGGCAGCUGGGACUCAGAGGGUGUUAGCCUGGGGAAGGGAGAAAGCUCAGAGCAUGGAUAUGGGAGCUUGAGUCUGGCUGGGGUAGAAGCUGGGGUGGUUUCCGCUAAAGGAGGAUAGAUGAUCAGUGUGGCCUCAGGGGCAGGGGAGGAGGGCUACUGGUACCGGGGUCUGUUCCUGCCUCAGGGGGAAGUUCUCUCUGAGCAUUAACUUUCAAGACACACAUCCUUGAGGAGAGCCUCUCUGCAGCUGGAGCCUCGCUCACGUUAUCUCUUGUGAAGCCCCCACACCCUCCUACAGCCCCCUAAGUGGGACCUUUCCUUCAAAGACUACCCACAAGGGCUGCCCAAGUGGAACGGGCUGUGCGAGAGAUGUGGGUCACUUCCGACUCUGAGACAAAAGCUGAGAAGAGAGGCCUCAGAGAAUAAAUAGAAAGGAGACUAAGAGGACGAGCAGACAAACAGGACGAGCCUGGGGGCUCCAGUCCUGGACAGAGGAGGACUCAGCCAGCUAUGUAAGAAACGAAGGCAACUUGGCACCCUCCUCCCACCUUGCUUGCCUCCCUCUCCUGGCCCCAGGUCCCUGGGGCUGCCCUGGACUUCCCGCCAGGUUCCAGUCCUUCCAGUCCGGGAAAGGCCGGGAAUGGAUGUUUAACCUUCCCAUCUUCUUUAAGGGGCUCUGAGCUCAGUCUCCCGGGGCUCACGUACCCUUGUCCCCAGGGCCCUGCUGCCUCUCGAAGUACCCUGGGGCGCUGGCUGGGAGCCCGGUAGAGGUCCGAGGGAGGUAUCUGGGAAGGAAAGGAGGAUAUGCCGAGACCCGACUCAGCAGAGACGAGCGAGGAGGGAGAGGAAGUUCUAAGAGUGACGGAUAGAGAUCGCGCGAUCAGAGGCGAGCGAGGCAGAGAAGGGGAGGUGCGGACGGAAACGAGGAGCACCGGCCGGCUGCCCUCCCAAGAGACGCACGGCGCGGGAGGCUGGACCCACAGCAGUCGCCCCUGCCCGCCUCCGCCUAGGAUGGGAAACCUGGCGGAGGCUGAGAGCAGGAGAGCGCCACUGGCAGCCCCGAGAGGGCGAGCGCAGCGGAAGAGACGGGGUUUCUCCAUGUUGGCCAAGCUGGUCUCCAACUCCUGACCUCGUGAUCCGCCUGCCUCAGCCUCCCAAAGUGCUGGGAUUACUGGUGUGAGCCACCACGCCCGGCGUGGUCAUUCUUUCUCUCCACAAUCCAAUGAGGAAAUGCAUCUGCCCACCCAGCUACCACCAUAAGGUCUUCAGGUGAUUUCUCAAGCUAUAUCUCCAUUCAGACAUCUCUCUCCAACCUGAGACCACUGGAUAUCACCCGCAAUGCUAUAUAGCACCUCAAACUCAGUGUUCCGAUGAUGGAUGUCUGCUCAGCAUCCACUCCUCCUUUCUGGCCAAUAAGAUAUGCAAAUGAUCUCCUUACCUCAUUGGUUGGAGGCCCCAGGACCACAGAUGACCUCAGAGAGCUGGCCCUUUAAGAAUGCCCUUUGGGCUCUGUGCCCACAGCCCCCUGGAGCUGAGCAGAGGCACCAGGCCCUGCUCCAUGGAGCCUUCAGUCUCCUGGGAAGCUGUGCCUGUCUGGCUCUGGCACUGACCACAUCCUCUCUGCCAUUUCUAAAGUGCACCCCUCUCAGCCCAGCUCCAGAAUGGCCCUGCCCCCCAGUCCCCUGGCCAUGGAAUAUGUCAAUGACUUUGACUUGAUGAAGUUUGAGGUAAAGCGGGAGCCCUCUGAGGGCCGACCUGGCCCCCCUACAGCCUCACUGGGCUCCACACCUUACAGCUCAGUGCCUCCUUCACCCACCUUCAGUGAACCAGGCAUGGUGGGGGCGACCGAGGGCACCCGGCCAGGCCUGGAGGAGCUGUACUGGCUGGCUACCCUGCAGCAGCAGCUGGGGGCUGGGGAGGCACUGGGGCUGAGUCCUGAAGAGGCCAUGGAGCUGCUGCAGGGUCAGGGCCCAGUCCCUGUUGAUGGGCCUCACUGCUACUACCCAGGGAGUCCAGAGGAGACAGGAGCCCAGCACAUCCAGCUGGCCGAGCGGUUUUCCGACGCGGCGCUGGUCUCGAUGUCUGUGCGGGAGCUAAACCGGCAGCUCCGGGGCUGCGGACGCGACGAGGCGCUGCGGCUGAAGCAGAGGCGCCGCACGCUGAAGAACCGCGGCUACGCGCAGGCCUGUCGCUCCAAGCGGCUGCAGCAGCGGCGCGGGCUGGAGGCCGAGCGCGCCCGCCUGGCCGCCCAGCUGGACGCGCUGCGGGCGGAGGUGGCCCGCCUGGCCCGGGAGCGCGAUCUCUACAAGGCUCGCUGUGACCGGCUAACCUCGAGCGGCCCCGGGUCCGGGGAACUCUCCCACCUCUUUCUCUGAGCCAUUCAGAGCACCUUGUGGUGUAGUGGGGGCUGGGUGGGGUGGCACCGCCCAGGAGGCGGCUGCACUGUUCUCUGCAUCGUUACCAGAGCGCCUUCUGGUCCUAGCCACGCCCUGUGUGACCGCGCAAAUAUCCCCAAAGCUUUUGGGUCCUCAGGUCAUGCCCGAAUUUAGAUGCUGGUCAUUUUCUGGAGAGGGGUCCUCUCCCCUUACGAACACAGAAACCCAGCCCACAUGACUAGCAGGCUGAGCUCUGCAGGGACCAGUGCCAGGCACUGGGGGGUGGAAGUGUGGUGACACAGUGAAUGAGAGGUGGGGGAGGGUUGCAGCUCCCAUCUCAGUUUAGUUUUUAAUUCAAGGUUUUCAACCUGUAACACAUUAAAGCUGUAAUUAGCAA